UGCUAAUUCUGUCCCUGAACUUGUGAUCCUCCUGCCUGAGCCUCCUGAGUUCCCAGGAUUUAUCAGGCAUGUGCUACCGAGCCUGGCUAAGUCAUUAGUGUCUCUCUCAAAUGAUUCAUGGAAACUCAUCAGAAGUUAAUUCCAUUGAUUUUGAGUUUUUUUCUGAGAAGCAUAUCAAGUCUUCUGCAAAAUAUAUCAAGACUGCACACUAUUCCAUGAGGAGGGAAGAAAGGCUGAAAAAUGAAGGUUCUUUGCAGUCUGUUAAGGAAGAUGAUAGUGUCGGGAAGAACCAAGAUGCCUUCUGGCUUCAAUCACUGAUUAUUGACGCAUCAAAUAACAAAGGAUUUCAGAAGAUAAAAGAAUUUUUUGAAGAGAGAGCGAGCUACCUUCCUCAAAAAUAUAAUCAUCUUCUGUUACACCAUCUUGACAGAUCAAUAAAUAAGGAACUGGAUAAAAAUGAAUUUCGGUCUGUUUCACUGUUGCUGAAAUGUAUUCAGCAAUUCUUCACAGAUGACCCCAAGGAAAAGGAACCCUUGCUAAUUCAGCAGGGACUGAUCUUGAAGCUGGUUUCCUGGUUUGAGAGAACAGUGGGAUUUCUGACCAUAGAAGAUAUAGCCUCAGAUGUUUCACUCACUGACGUCUUAGAGGACUUCUUUGACACUGUGCUGAUUAUUUCCAGGAGUAGUAGUGAAGGGAAAAUCCAGAUGUUGGAUUCCUUCAUACUCAGCUUGGGAUUCCUGGUAAUAGAAAAAACUGUAAAGUUCUCGAUUCAACACGAGGCUCUGAAGACUCUGAACUACAUUUUGCACGGUGUGUCUCCUGCAGAGAGAAGAAAGUUCCCUUUGUCGGAAGGCACGUGUCAUCUUAUGAAGAACCUGGCAUGGACAAUCUUGACUGUGGGUGAUUAUGACCAGCAGGUCACUCUCACCGAGGCGCUGUGUAGGAUGACGACUAGAACAUCCAGGCGUGACCUUGUCCACCAGUGGUUUGAUGAUGAGGUCCUUGCUGAAGCUUUCAAGAAAAUUAGGGACCGAGAAUUUGAGACGGAUAGUCGACUUUUUCUCAAUCACCUCAACAACAGACUUGGUGAGAAAAGAAGGGUCUAUUCAUUUCCGUGUAUUGCUGCUUUUGCUGAUGAGCAUGAGAUGAGAAAACCAGCAGAUGAAAAAUUAGAGAAAUUUUGGAUUGAUUUCAACCUCGGAAGUCAGAGAGUAACUUUUUAUAUACACAAUGAUGAGAGUGCUCUGUGGGACCCAGUAAGAAUUUUGAAGGAAGGAGUUGUUAACUUCAGAGUAAUAGAAACUGAGAAGAUAAAAAUACUCAUCAUUUACCUGAAGCAGCCCAUUAUUAUCAGCAAGAAAGAGGUGAUGAAAAUAGAAAUCCAUUUUGAUCUGCAGUUCAGCAUAUCACCAACUUCCGCCCAAGCUUUGGGAGAAGACAAACAGAUGUUGCCCGACCAGAUGAAAAUAUCCUCGGAACUUCCUAGUAAGUUUGAGAAAGCGGAGCGUGAGAUUCUCCCUAGCCAAGAAAGUGCGACAGAACCUGCUGAGGAAUCCACCAACCUGGCCGAGCUCAUGAGUGCUGGAGAUGACUGUCACCUGAAUGGCCAGUCUGAGCCUCCCCACAAAAAUACAGCUGAUAAUUCACCAGAGAAACUGAAACUGGAUGACACCCAACAAGAAGUUACCUCAAAACAUGAGUGUUCUUCAGAUGCACAAGAACCAUCCGUUCCAAUUCAGGCUCCUAAAUUAUAUAACAAAUCUAGGGAAGAUCCUGCUUUCCAGAGUGGCAGGAAGCAAAGGAGAAGGAUGUCGAGGGGGAAACGAGCCUCUGUGUGUCUCAUAACUAAAUGUACCCACUGUAUGCUUAUUUCCUUUUGUUCUUUAGUCUUGCCACAUUUCCUUUUCAGUAGUGGCAGUGACCAUGAGAAAGAUCAAGCUGAACUUCUGUCACCAGUACGGGGAGACAUUGAUAGGCAAAAUGCCACACUUCCAAAAAUUUCUGAAACUGAACCCCAGCGUAGCCCUUCCUUUUUAACUCCUGAAGAUUCUACACAGAAAAUAGAAUUCCCAAGUCCUCACCCCCUGAGUGAUCUCUCUUCCCCAGAGCACUCACAAGUUGAAGAAAACGUAUCUCAGACUGUGAACCAAGAGUCGUUAAUGGAAAAUACUAGCUUCAAACAUAAGCUGCAGAACUUGGAAGACAGAGGCGUCCCAGAUGGGAGUUUUGCUUUGCCAAAACAAUCAAGAUUAGAAGAUGCUGCUCAGGGAGCCUCCGGCUUGGCAGGCACUUCUACUCCAUCUCUGGAAUAUGUGCCUGAGAACUUGAAUGUUUCUGCCAUCGUCACAGCCUUGGAAAACUUCACCGGAGAAAUGAAAAGAAAAUACGAGUUCAGGUACAGUGAGAGUCCUCUUCCAGAAAAGGCAAAGAAAACACCGACUUGCAUAAUAAAACUUUUAAACCUGAUACGCCUCUGCAAACUCAAUAAGCUACAGCACUUUCACGAUUCUGUUCUCCAAGAGUUGAGCAAUCUUGAGAAGGAUAUUCAGGCUCUAAAACACCUUGAGAAGGAUAUUUUGGAAUUUUGGGGGAAACAGUUUGAUGAUCUGAAAUCAUUCUGUGAUGAGCAAUCUGAACCACCUGAAGAAGAUGAUAAAAAUGUCUUUGCCAUUGGCUGA